AUGCGAAUCCUCCAAUUUUUAAGUAUCCUUUGGCUUCCUAUUGGCGUUUCCAACGCUUAUAAAAUUGCUGUCCCUGCCAAUCUUAUCGAUGAAAUCAACCCGGUGCUAGAAUUUGUGGACUUUCGAGUUCAAGUGAUUCCUUACGAAACCAAACCGUUGUGGAGGAUAAAACAAGAAAUAUGCAACUGUUUGGCUCUCGGUGCAUCGGCUGUAAUUCUUCCGGAACAAUAUGAAGGGCAUAUGGCAGCAGCGGCAAUAGUUCAGAGCAUAGCUGACAACACAAACGUCCCAUGUGUUAGUCUCCAUUUAUCACCUCCAACUCGUCCAUCAACCCAUCUUCACCCUCAUCUUAACGCCAAAUCCCUGGCUGUUGCUGCAUUUAUAAAACGCGAAAAAUGGAAGGAUGUAGUGGUGGUGUUCGAUGAAGCUGAUGAACUUCUCGAAGUUACUGAUAUGAUAACAGCCGGACAUUUUGACCCCGAUUCGUUUUCUUCUCAAUUGGUUCGAUUGAAACACGGUGAUGAUUAUGGGAAUGAGUUGAAGCAUAUUAAGAAUAAAUUGGACCGGUACCGCAUCGUCAUCAAUAUCCCAUUGCCGCGAGCUCUUCACUUUUUGGAACAGGCUGCCAAUAUGUCAAUGUGUGGGGUUUUGUAUCAUUAUGUGGUUAUGGAUAUGGAUCUGGUAACAGUGGAUUUGGAUAGUAUCAGAGGGAUUGAGGAUUGCAAUAUCACUUCAUUUGGUGUUCAUGAUGUGAAUUCUGAGUUUAUCGAAGAUGUCAGACAAGAAAUUGUUCAUAAAUCCUCGAUUCGACUUCCGAAGAAAGGAGUUCCGUAUACGACAUCGAUUUGGAUUGAUACACUCCGUCUCCUCAUCAGAUCCAUGAAAUCCAUUCACAUCUGGGAGGAACCACGGUGUGGAGAGACUUGGAAAGCUGGCAGUGACAUCAAGAAGAAAUUCUUUGAGACUCCGUUAUCUGGUAUUUCUGGAGACUUGCAUUGGGCACCAUCUGGAGAGAGAUCCAAUUACACUUUGCAUGUCUAUAGGAGAAAGUUAAGUGAGUUUGUUAACCAAACUUUUAAGAUCUCGGCUGAAAUUUCAGCAUAUCAAAAAUUCGCCGAGUGGAGUAGUCGUACCAGACGAAUCGCAUCUUCUGAAGCUGUCGUAAUUGCUAAUUCUACUGAGAAGUUAACAUUGGAAGGGAAGCAUCUGAAGAUUUCUGUCUACCUGGAAGCUCCGUUUGUGAUGAUGACAUCGAAUGGAUCCUACGAGGGAUACUGUAUCGAUUUAUUGCAUAAGAUCGCAAAUAUCCUAAAAUUCACAUUUACCAUUCAAAAGGUGCGAGAUAACGCGUAUGGCUCGAAAGAGUCGAAUGGGAAAUGGAGUGGAAUGGUUGGAGAGUUACAGAGAGGGGAUGCUGAUCUCGCGGUAGCUUCCUUAACCAUCAGCUAUGGUCGAUCGGAGGUGAUCGAUUUCACAGUUCCCUAUAUGCAUUUGGGAAUUUCGAUUUUGUUUAAGGUUAGCAGAAAAUUUGACUUUGAAAAUUGGCGCUUUCAGAAACCUCGAAUCACCGAUUCCGACUGGUUCAAGUUUAUGGAUCCGUUGAGUACUCAAGUUUGGAUUAUGACGUUCGCAAGUUAUUUUGUGGUAUCAGUGGCGAUUUGGAUUAUAGCCAAAAUAAGUCCGUAUGAACAAUUCGAGCGAGACGAGGACAACGGGCAGUACAAACCAGUGGACAAUCAAUUUUCGCUCCGAAACUCUUUUUGGUUUACAGUAUGCUCCUUGAUGCAACAGGGAAGUGAACUGUGCCCUCGUGCAGCAUCGACUCGUCUUCUCACAGCGAUCUGGUGGUUUUUCGCUCUAAUUCUUAUUUCUUCCUACACCGCCAAUUUGGCUGCAGUACUGACGACAAGACGAAUGGAGACACCGAUCGAGAAUGCUGACGACUUGGCGGGACAGACGAAAAUUAAAUAUGGAACACUGGGAAGAGGAUCGACCAUGUCGUUUUUCAAUGAAUCCAAAAUCGAGACAUAUGAACGAAUGUGGCAACUGAUGUCCAGUUCUCCGGGACUUUUUGUGCAGUCUUCAAAAGAGGGAAUCGCGAGGGUCAAGAGCUCAGACUAUGCAUAUUUGAUGGAAUCCUCAAUGUUAGAAUACGCGGUGGAGCGUGAUUGUGAAUUGAUGCAAAUCGGUGGACUGAUUGAUCAAAAAGGAUACGGUAUUGGACUUCCAAAAGGGUCGCCAUACCGAGAAUUAAUAUCCACCGCCAUUUUGAGAUUGCAAGAGAAAACAGAAUUGACCGAAUUGAAGGAGAAGUGGUGGAAGGUGAGCUCCAAUAGAAUGACCGACAAAUCUGUGGUUUGCGAACAACCGAAAAGGAAAGAUCAAGACGAUGGAGAAUCCAUCGGUGGCAUUUUCAUUCUUCUUGUGGUCGGAUUAGUUUUGACCGCGAUUUUGGUGAUUUUCGAGCUUAUCACCACUCGCAAACCGUCGCCAGCACAGUCACAAGUCAUUCGGCAUGUUAACGGUACACUUCGAACUUUAAAAUUGCAUAUCUCAAAAACCAGGGUACCUAGAAAAAAUACUGUAAACCAGAAAAAUAGAAGUAGUACCCUAUACGCGACCUAUAAAUUUCUUGUUCAAGCUCUCGUCUUUCUCAUCGUUUUCUAUUUUUUAAAGAAGAGAAUCAAAACGAACAAAAUCGAGCGUCGAUUGCGACUUUUAGAACGCAAACACGAGUGCGAAUGGAUCCUCCUAGAACCUGCCCAUGCUCUGAGCAAGUUCAAAGCAAUGCAAGCACUUUCUGCUGAAACUGUCGAGAAAAGUGAACUUGCGCUCUACUGA